UGGAAUUGUGUGUGAGAUGGCAGAAACUGUUCCAGAAGCUCCCGCUGUCCCACCAGCAAAGGUGCCGAAAAAAAGAGCGAGCUCGAAGCCUAAAAAGAAGUCUGGCCCAAGCGUGUCCGAUUUAAUCGUAAAGGCUGUGUCUGCCUCAAAAGAGCGCCACGGACUCUCUUUGGCCGGGCUGAAAAAGGCGCUUGCGGCUAGUGGCUAUGAUGUGGAGAAGAAUAACGCCCGUGUGAAACUGUCCGUGAAAAGCCUUGUGAGCAAAGGAUCUCUCGUGCAGACGAAAGGUACCGGCGCCUCCGGAUCCUUUAAGAUCAAUAAGAAGCAGGCAGUGGCCAAGGAAAAAUCUGUAAAGAAAAAGGCGACCCCGAAGAAAAAACCAGCGGCGAAGAAGCCCGCGGCUGCUAAGAAGGUGAAGAAGCCAGCAGCAAAGAAACCCGCAGCAGCUAAAAAGGCGGCUAAGAAGCCUGCCGCAGCCAAGAAAGCCGCCAAGAGUCCCAAGAAAGCGAAGCCAGCUGCAAAGCCCAAAAAGGCAACAAAAAGUCCAAAAAAGCCUAAGGCAGCCAAGCCUAAAGUGGCCAAACCUAAAACUGUAAAGAAGGCGGCACCGAAAAAGAAGUAAUUUGUUAGCAUAACCUGAAAUUUUAUAUA